CGUAUCUGUUGAAGUUUUGGAUUAAGGUGGGGCCGAUGGAAACAUUGUUGCAUGAACGGACAUGGAUAUUAGGACAUAUGGAUAUGGUGCAGUUUCAUGUCUGUCGACUGCUGCUUGUUUUGUGGAUCAACUGGCACUUUUUUUAUCAUAAAUAGUUAUGAUUUUGGAAUAAUAAAUUAAUAAUAAUCAUUAUUAUUGGAUAAAAAUAGUAAAAUGUAGGAGUAAAUAUGAAGGUCGUGAUCCCAAAAACCACGUCGGGAUUUAUGGAUUAGAUUGUUUUUUGAAAAAAAAAGAUAUGAAAAGCGUGUGAAAACAUAUUUAAGGCAAAUUUGAUCUGUCAGAGAUAAAAACAAAAGGGUCCGUGUGCCUAUCUGUCUCUAACUCUCUGCUGUUAUAUUAUGAGUUGUACUCUUGUUUCUUCUUCUUCUUCUUCAUCCAAGUCAGUUUCAACUUCCACGACCACGACCACUUGAGGACCUCCCUGCAUCUUCUCUUCCAUUCCCUUCUCUGGCAAGGAAGUCAUCUUGAGGUCAUGUAUUAGCUGUAUCCCGCAACUAUCUUUCAAUGCACUUGCUCUUCUCGAAAACAUUCACUCCCUCUCUCCCCCCGUCUUUCUCUCUCUAAAAAAUCAAACUAAUUCCCUUCCACUAUCAACCCUUUUUAUAUCCACACAACACCACAAACCCACAUCACAAUUGUGUCUCUCAAGUCCAUACCAAUAAUGCUCAAUAAGCCUCUCUCUUCUUCUUUUUCUUCUUCUGAUUCUUCAAAUAUCUUGACAUCUAGUGGUAUGUUAUAUUCUUCUUCUUUCUCUUCUACCAUGAUUGGGGAAUACAUUGGCAUGGAGAGUUGUCUUGAUUUGAAUGUCAAUAUUGAAGGAGAUAAUCACCAUGAUCAUGAGGGGGGCUGCUACAAUCAAAGGAGAAAGAGAGAUCAUGAUCAACGGUGUAUGAUGAAGAAAAAGGAGUUUCCACCACCAAUAACAUCACUCGCUCGCACUGAAAACCAGUCGUCUCACAUGCCUUGGGUGUUGAAGAGGUAUUACACUAAUGAUGGUCGUUUGAUUUUGAGAGAAGAGAAGGUGAAACACCAUGAAUACUUCAAGGCCCAUCGCUCCAAUGGUCGUCUUACUUUGCAACUUGUCACUCUUGACGAGUACGAGGACGACGUGGUCGACCUUGAUGGGAAUGAGAAUGAGAGCGAAGAUAAGAAGGAGCAUUGCAUUAAUGCUAAUCAACAAAGUAAAGAUAAUGACAUUGAAGAUUUCGAGGAAAUUGAUGAUUUUGCAACUAAUCGGUUCGAUUUGGUAAAAUUAGUAUCGGAUAAUAAGAAUGAGAAUGAGAAUGAGCAUUGUCACGGUAAUGAUGGAGAUCAAAAAGAAGCGGAUGUCGUAAAAUUGGCAUCUCCGGUGAAUGAAUCAUCACCAUCACCAUCACCAAUGGGUGGUGGUAACGGGAAGUGUUUGAUUUACAGCAAUGUGAGUAAGAUAUCGCCUUGUCUAUUUGAGGUACCAGCAAUAAGGCCGGUUCAUUAAUUAGGGUUUUUUUGCUUUUAUGUUAAUGUUGAGAUUAAGCCUUUUGGGGGGCUUAGAGCGGCGAAGGAUAUUUAGGAGUAUGUGAUUUUUAUUUGUGUAAAACGAGUAAUUAUGAAUUGGAAGUAUUUGAUUUACUUAAUUUUGGUUGUCGAAAUUGGAAACUAGUCAUUUUAGGACAUCUCUAAAUAUAUAUACUUAGGUUUGG